AUGGCGCCGGCCGCUAGCGGUUCAGAUGGCUUGCCUUUCAUAGUGUCGACAAGCACCAAAAAGGCUGACCCCGAACUACGAAAGUUCAUCAGGAGCCAUGUAAUGGUAGGGAAGAACCGAGGGAAGACCCUUGGGCCUAGAGCCAAAAGGGACAAGAAAUCAAAGGAACCAGAUACUACAACAGAGAAAAGUGAUGUCACCUCAAGUAUGGAUGAUAUAUAUAUUGAGAACAGGAUAUUACUCUCAGCAAGCCUACGUGCCAUCCCUAAGAGAGUUGGUACCAACACAUCGUUUAUUCAAUUUGCGGAUACCGUGGAACAGUCUGCUAUCAAUACUAUCAUGGAGUUCUCCAGCCAAGCCAAGAAAGCCAUGUUCCCUCUAGAAACAUGCAUAAACUUCGGCCCCAAAGACCUAGCAUACAUCGAGGCCCUCACCAUCGACGCGGCGUACCUCCACGCCAUGGCAUUCUCAACGCAGAUCUACUUCGACCUACGACCAGGCCGACAAGAUCGGAAGUCAUCAGCAUAUAUGCACGUGGCCAAGACGCUGCAGCUGCUGCGCGAGAGGCUAGACAAUGCCGAAUUGGAUAUAAGUAAAUCAUGGUUCACGACAACCGCGGUAAUCAUGUGCCUCGCCUUCUAUGCACACGUCAUGGGUGAGGUCCAGACGGCUAGACAUCACAUGCAAGGCCUUCGCAAAAUCGUCGAUAUGAAAGGCGAACUAUCAGCUCUUCGAGGAAACAUAAAGCAACUCCUCGAAAUGUUCAGGUGCGACAUAGGCAUAGCCCUGCACAGCGGCACCAAACCCCUAUUCUUCGCCAAUCCCCUCCGCGAACCCUUUUGGCCGUACCCCCUCUACGCCGGCUACAACACGCACCCCCUACACCCCAUCCCCCCCUCCGACGAACUCUUCCUCUCCACCCUCGACCCCCUUCUAUCAACCCCCUGGCUCGAACUCCGCAAAUUCAGCGCCCUCGUAAACCGCGCGCACUCGACCGGACGCAAGAUGCCAAAAGACUACCUCCUAGACGCCAUGGCCUCAACCACGUACCGACUCAUCCACAAACCCCCUUCGCCGCGGGGUUCACUAGAUGAAGCCGUGCGUCUCGGCUUACUAGCUUUCGCGUCGACGCUAUUCCUGCAAUGGGUCGGUGUCCGGCAACCACAAACACAUUUCCCGAUUUCGUACCAAGAGGCGCUUGCCAACCUUGAGUUCCCAGAUCCCAAUCCCAAUAACAGUGAUAAUGAGAACGGUGGCGAUAACCCUAAGCCCAUAUCUCCACGCCUACUCCUCUGGCUCCUAACCGUGGGCGCGGUAUCUGUGUUCAGCGAAGUCGAUUGCGCCACGUGGCUAAACCCAUGGUUACUUGUUAACAUCGAAUUAUGCGGCGUGCGCUCCUGGUCUGAUAUGCAAGAAGUAUUGCAUUCGUUCAUGUGGGUUGGGUUAUUACAUGAUGUGCCGGGAAAGAUGGUUUAUGAUUCCGCUAUAUCGUCAAGUCUAACUUUAGGACUUCAAUGA